GGAAAGUAGUGAAAUUCAAUUCGUCUUUUCUCCUCACCAUCUCUCGUCUCCAGCUCGACACAUCUUCACACAGAGACGUCAUCCGCUAGAAACCCAUCACAAUGAGCUUCUCUGCCGUCCGCACAGCCCUCCAGAAGGCCCAGACGGCCUUUGGCUUCUGGCUAACCUUCCCUAGCGCCGCCGUCGCCAAGCAGUUCCUCCGCACUUCGGCCGCACACCCUUCGGGCGGCUUCAGCUGGGUCCUUGUCGACGCCGAGCACGGCCUGAUUUCGGACCAGCACUACUAUGAGAUCUGCAACGCCAUCGCCGCCGAGGGCGCGAGCCCCAUCAUCCGCAUCCCCUGGGCAGAGGAGUGGAUGAUCAAGCGCGCUCUCGACUCGGGCGCGCAUGGCGUGCUCACGCCAAUGUGCCACAACGCGGACGACGCAAAGAAGAUCGUGAGCUACUCGAAAUACCCACCCGUCGGAUCGCGCGGCUACGGUCCGCUCUUUGCGCCGCACUCGUUCCCCGGCAUCCAGCCCGGCCCCGCGUACGACGACGCGGCAGACAAGGGCCUCAUGGUCAUGGUGCAGAUCGAGUCGCCCCAGGGUGUUGAAAAUGUCGAGGAGAUCACCAAGGUCGAGGGCCUAGACGGCGUUCUGAUUGGACCUUUCGAUCUCGCCAAGUCGAUGGGCGUUGAGCGCUGCGGAGAGCAGCACGAGGCUGCGAUCCAGCGCAUCCUCAAGGCUGCGAAGGACGCGGGCAAGAAGGCUGCCAUCUUCUGCACGGGAGGCGACGACGCCAAGAUGCGCGCAGACCAAGGCUUUGACAUGGUCUCGGUCAUCACGGACGGCGGCGUCAUGGCGGCAGGCAUGUUCAAGGAGCUCAGCACGGCAAGCUCGUCGAGCGCGGCAAGAACCGGGGGCGGAUACUGAAUGAUCAUUUACUAGCCUCACGUUUACGAAGCAGUCGCCCUAGCCAAUGGGAUAGAGAACGAAAACUCUAGGAACUCUUUCGUGUAACCAUGGUUCCGCGCUAUCAUCAUGCAGGCAGGGCUGAGUCACCGCCUAGCUGCAGGCUUUGAUUGCGAGUGUGGGCGCAUUACCUAUGUGUUUAAUCGUUGGCCUCGUCCGCCUCAUCGGCAUAUGAAUGCUCUGACUCGAUCCCAGGCAAGGAUACGAUCGCAUCACCAAGGGCGUUGUCCUGGCGACUCAAACUGCAUUACACUAAGGCAUAUGGUUGAACUACAAUAUAUUGAUCGACCUACGACAGUCUUGGCCAACCGAGCCCUAGGUCUUGACAAUGGAGUACAAAC